GCAGAGAGCCAUGCAGGUCUGAAGUGUGUGAGGGUCUCUCAGCUGAAGCUGCCUCCCUCCCUGGAAGAUGGUCCUGCUGCUCGGUCUGCUUUUAACCCUCUGUGGAGCCCCGAGUCUGUGUCUGGAGGAAGACACAUCCUUUCUCUUGGAUGGAGACAUCCGUCACUUGGCCGUGGACAGUAACACGGUUUACAUCGCCACUGAAGAGAAACUGUACCAGCUGAACCACGACCUGACCCCGGUCCACAGUCUGACCCUGAGAGGAGUCCUGAAUCCGGACACGGAGGACUUCCACAGAGUUCCUGCUGCCGCUGGCUGGAACGCAACUUUCAGGGUCAAUGUUUUAUUACCGUUUGAGAAGAAUCAGUCUGUGAUCAGCUGCGGUGUGAUCGAUGGAGCGUGUGGAUACUGUGAGAUUCUGGACCUGAACAACAUCUCCAACAUUCUGCACAAGGAAAACUUCCAGGUGGGGCCAGCCAAACGCAGCAGCGCGUCCGUCGCUUUUCUGGUGACCCUGAAGAAAAACCAGCCUCGCAGUGACUCUUAUAUUCUGACUGCGAUACAACAGGACGGGUCUGGAGAGGAGAAAUGUCCCUCUGAUUCAGGAACCGCAGUUCUCCUCAGACAGAGCAACAUGACCUCUGUUCUGGCAGUGAGGCAGAACAGCUGGAUGGUUUUCUUCAUCGGGACUGGAGACGGGCAGCUCAUCAAGCUUGCUGUGGACAGGAACUAUCACACCACCUGUCCCAGAGUGCUCUACAUGUCCAACCAGGACCGCCGAGUGUUUCCCAGAAUGCACCUGGAUCCAGUGGAUCAUAAACAUGUGUAUGUGCCAUUUCAAAAUGAGGUGAAGCGUGUGGCUGUAGCAAAGUGCAGCACACACACAAAUGUCCAGGAGUGGUGGACUGCUCAGGAUCCAUACUGUGUGUGGUGUGUCUCCAAAGGAAGCUGCACCUUUGAAGAUGACUGUGAGGACUCCCACUGGCUGUCCAUUCCUGAUGUCUUCCAGCAGAAACUGAUUUCCCACAAAGUUGUUGAAGACGGGACUGGACAGCUCACUCUGAACAUCCAGACUCAUGUGAAUGUGAGCAAAGACACGCGGUUCGCCUGUCAGUUCUCCACAACUUCUGGGGAGCUUUGUAGCCGGGAUGGCCUUCCUCCACAGUUCCCACAAUGCACCUGCAUCCUUUCUAAACAGACUGUUCCUCCUGAAGGCCUGCUGGUCACUGUAAAGAUGGCGCUUGGCUCAACAAGUCUGACCGAACAACUGCAGUUAAUGAACUGUUCUGAUAUGAGUGGACCACCAACCCGAGUCUUGUGUCAGCAGUGUAUCAAAGCCGGCUGUGAAUGGAGCAACAACAGCUGUUCCUGGGCUAAUGAACGACUGUUAAAUGACAGUGUGUGUCAAACGCUGCAGUCUGAGCUGAACUUUCCUAAGCCUGAGAUCUCCUCCAUCAGCCCCAGCAUUGUGUCUUUCUAUGGAAGAAACCACGCAGUGUUGUCAGGUGGUAACCUCAGCGGUGUGACCGGAGUGAGGAUGCAGGCAGACCUGGACUGUACGCCACAGGAGUCUCCUGUCUGGAACAACAGCGGCUCCAGUCUGACCUUCCACAUUCCCAGAGCAAACCGUAAAGGGACAGUGAAAGCCUGCGUUCUCCUCCCAGACGGCAGUUGCCACGGUGACGCGAGCAUCACCUACCAGUCGUCACCUUCCUGUCGAGACAUUUCACCGAGGAACUCCUGGAUCAGUGGGGGGAGGAAGAUCACACUCACUGGAUCUCACCUGGAGUUUGUGGAGGGGGUCAUUCACAGCCGAGCCCCUCAGGAAGUCCAACCUCCGACUGACAGGAACCAUCAGAAUCUCACCUUCAAGUCACCUGCAGCUACAAAUCCCUCCAGAGUUUCCAGCAGUUCUCUUCUGUUGAAAGUCGCCAAUGAAACCUUGAUCUGCUCCACAAACCUGAUCUACCAUCCAGACCCAGAGUUCACCAGCUUCACAUCCACACAGAGGGGUGACCACGUCCAGAUCACCAUACAGAGAAAAGCAGACAAACUGGAGAUAACACCAGCGGAGUUGUCAGUAUGGGGGGAGCAGGAGGAGAAACGAUACCCCUGCAUCAUGGAAGACAAAGACCCCGGUGAAGAGUUCAACUUUUACUCUUGUGAGAUUCAGAGCCCACCCAGCGCACAGUUCCAGACGUUAAUGAUUAAAUACGGUGACAAGACAGUGUUACUUGCUCCUCCAAUGUUAAUGCCUCCAGUCAUUGUCAUCCUGCGCUUCAUGCUGAUCCCCUGUGUUAUUGCUGUGCUGGUGUUUGUCUGUCUGUGGGAUAAGAAAGUCAUCACGAAGAGGAACAGACACUGA